ACCCAUCAAAGCGGCGCUGCCUUUGGUCCAUCCGCCGCCUUAGCAUAGAGAAAAACCAAUCAACAAAACUUCCAUCCUCUCCGCUCGCUCACUCCCUCCCUUAUCCUCAAACCCUUCGGAAAUCCCCUUUUUUCUUUAUUUUUCUCCUCUGUUCCUCUGCGCAGACACACAUCGAUAUAUAAUGUCUUGUGCUACCAAGCCUAUAACAGUCGCAACAAAUGGUUGCCUAAUUUCAGUACCAUCACUCUUCACCAAAGCAAAAGUUUCACAUUCACACUCAAAUCUCUCAAUCCCACUAAAACCCGUAAAACUUCAUCUAUCUUUGUCCACUCUCAAAAAGAAAACACCCCAUUUGAGGUUCUCUGUAAUAGCUGCUUUGCAAGAAGAGAAUAACCCGGUACUUGUUGAAGAACAAGAAUUCCCAGUAAAUUUUAACUGGGAUAAUCAAGAAACAUCUGAAGGAGAAGUUAAAGUAGAAGAAGGGAGUGAUGGCGUUGUAGAGGCUGUUGAGGAUUAUGAAGAGAAUGAUGAUUAUGUGGAGCCACCUGAGGAAGCUAAAAUGUAUGUGGGGAAUUUACCUUUCCAUGUGGACAGUGAGAAGCUCGCUCAGCUUUUUGAGCAGGCUGGCGUUGUUGAGAUUUCUGAGGUUAUUUACGAUAGGGUGACUGAUCAGAGUCGAGGGUUCGGGUUUGUGACGAUGAGUACUGUGGAAGAAGCAGAAAAAGCUGUAGAAAUAUUCCAUCGUUAUGAUCUAAAUGGAAGGUUGUUGGUUGUUAACAAGGCAGCCCCGAAAGGGUCCCGACCGGAACGUCCACCUCAAGUGUUUGAACCUUCUUACAGAAUUUAUGUUGGUAACCUGCCAUGGAGCAUUCAUGAUGGACGACUAGAACAGGUUUUCAGUGAGCAUGGUAAAGUAGUAAAUGCUCGCAUAGUUUAUGACAGGGAGAGCGGUCGAUCUCGUGGUUUUGGCUUCGUAACAAUGUCAAGCGAAGCUGAAAUGAAUGAUGCCAUUGCUAACCUCGACGGACAGAGUUUGGACGGGAGAGUGAUCAGAGUAAAUGUUGCCGAAGAAAGAGCCAGGCGCAACUCCUUUUGACUUGUUUAAGGGUAGUUCAUAGAUAUUCAAAGUGAGGAUUGUAGCAAUCAUAUUUUAGUGAGCUGUCAAAUGGUAAAAUUUUCUGUUGGUCAUCAAGUCCAUUUUGCGCUGCUGCUGUUAAUUUCGUUGCUUAAGCUGGUAACAUAUGGAGAUUAUGAUUUGAUUCUUGGGAAAAUCGGGAGAUUUAUGGCUUCUUUUCCAGUCUGAAGUUAGUUUUCCUAUUCUGAAGUAAACACCAUCCUCUGUCUAUGCUAAGAAAAACGCUGGAAAUCAAUAUUCUGAUUUUUAUUGAACUUCUCCUGCAUAUAUAUAUUUGUUGUUGCAGACUUGCAGUUCUAUCAUUCAGAUUUCUACUGUUAACAAUGUUUAUUGGAGUGCAGGUCUCCAUAAAUAUUGAAAUGCAAGAAACUGUAGACUAUUUCAAUCCUUGGGUCUUCUUUUU